CCAAUUCAUUUACGCGAACUUUAAGAAAAACCAAAACAUGUCGGCAAUUGAGAGGCUUUCUGUACCACAGCAGAAGCUGCACAAGCAUGACAGCUCUAGCACUCUUAAUCUUCCUCUCCAUGACUCAGUCGAAGUCCAAGAGGGUGAAUUCCAUGAGCCAACUCAGGAGGAAGGCAGCAAAUCUAAUCUAAUAGUAGAUACUACCGAGGCUAAUAGAGCGUAUACUGCUUCCCCUAGUGGUACAUACCCUGAAAGAAGAGGUUCAAAUAUGGACAGUCCAAUUGGAAGAGACGGGAAGGGCGGCGUCGAAGAUGUUGGUCUAUUUCAAGGACAGUAUUAUCCUAGCUACAUGCAUGCUGUGAGAAAUACCAAGAAAGGACCUUCUGGACGUACUAUCAUUCUCUGUCUUGAUGGUACUGGCGAUCAGUUUGACGGCGAUAACUCCAACGUUGUCCGUUUCUUCAGGUGCUUAAAAAAAGAUGAGCCGUCUAAGCAGCUUGUUUACUACCAAGCUGGUUUGGGUACUUAUGUAACCACACGCUCUGCUAAUCCUAUUACGACAAAACUCAGUGAGAUCGGUGAUAUGACAAUCGGUUCUGGUUUAGGACAUCAUAUUCGCGAUGCAUAUGCAUUUUUAAUGGAAAACUAUACGCAAGGUGACAAAAUCUGUAUGGUUGGCUUUUCAAGAGGUGCAUACAGUGCUCGUGGGUUGGCAGGUAUGCUUCAGAAGGUUGGUCUUCUUCCAAAAGGUAACCGCGAACAAAUCCCAUUUGCAUACCGGAUGUACAAGGACAAUUCAGAUGAUGGAUGGAAAAUGAGCUCUCUCUUUAAAGAAACAUUCUCAAUAAAAGUAAAUAUCCACUGGAUAGGUGCAUGGGACUCUGUUUCCUCUAUUGGUUUCAUUCCACGCGAUUUACCAUUCCACAAAUCAAACAACGCCGUCAAGCAAUUCUGCCAUGCUGUCGCAUUAGAUGAACACAGAGCUAAGUUUAAGGCUGGGCACUGGGUGCGCUCAGAAGAAAUGGAAGUUCGUGAGGGUCUUCUACAACGCCGUAAAGAGAAGCUCAGGCCAACUUUCGGUGAUAUCAAUGAAGUCGAAGAAGAAGAUAUCGCACAUGAAACACACGACACAGAGGAAGAUUCAAAGAAAGCUGUCGAGAGAAAGCGCAAAGAAAUCAUGAAGACUAUCAGACAACUUCGUAAACACACCCAAAAAUCUAAGGGUGAAGAUGAUAGCAGUGUCGAUGCAUUCAACCCUGAAAUCCAAGCUCAGUUUGAGAUGCUCUUCGAACUCCAAGAUAAGGAGGAUCUAUCAGAAACUAAAGUCAAGGAAGUCUUUUUCAUGGGUUGUCAUGCAGAUGUCGGCGGUGGAGCUGUACCAAAUGAUACCAGACACUCUUUGGCACGCAUUCCUCUCAGAUGGAUGCUCAGACAGGCUUUCAAGUGUGACACAGGUCUUCUUUUCCAGACUGACUUACUCGACUACUAUGGUCUUGAUCUCAAGACUCUCUAUCCGUUCGUCACUCGUCGCCCACCAGCUGUAGAAAAUCCACCAGAGGGCUACCCAGAGCUACCAACUCAGGACAACCCUCGCAGAACAUUUUCAGAAGCUCAAGAGGAUUACUAUGACUCGUUAUGUCCUCAUCACGACUAUCUUAAUUUAUCCAAAGGCUGGUGGAUCCUGGAACUCUGGCCUCUUCGUGAGAUAUACCAAGACGAGAAGGGCAAAUACCGUAAGAGACUUGCGCCAAAUUUAGGUCACCACAGAACAAUCAGAGGCACAAAUACCAAAUUCCAUCGCUCAGUUGCGAUUCGCCAGAAGCGUAUCGGAUAUGAUAUCAAAGCACGCAUGGUUGACUCGCCAACAUCUCAUUGGGUUGGGUAAAUACCCUUCGCUGAUAAUAUAAUACCACACACGUUGCCGUACACGUUGCUAUACAAGUUACAAUACUAUUCACAUAAUAUACUCGUUCAUUUUUGUCACUCAUUUAA